AUGAGUAACCAGAAUUUUAGAAACGGUGGUCCUACUAAUGGACUCCCGCUGUCCACACCAAAUUAUAAGUUCACGCCGUUCAACGAGACGAAAUACAAACCCAAUGGCGCUCAGUCACAAGCAUUUAAGCUGAUUCCUUACACAGUCGAGGAGCAUAAGAGAAUUCUGGAGGCACUUGAUAAAGUGUUGGGCCCCGAGUAUGUCAGUUUCCGUCCCGGAGGUGGUGGUCAAAAAGUAUCGUAUAUCGAAGGAUGGAAGGCGUUAAACUUAGCCAAUGAAAUAUUCGGGUUUAAUGGGUGGUGCUCUGAGCUUAUUUCAUCCCAAGUAGACUAUUUUGAUACCCACGGUAAUACAGGGAGGAUUUCCAUGGGUCUCUCAGUGGUGGUGCGUAUCACGAUACGAGAUGGAACGUACCACGAAGAUUUUGGCUAUGGAUACAUUGAGAAUGCAAAGAACAAGGCGAUGGCUUUCGAGAAGUGUAAGAAGGAGGCGUUUACAGAUGGCCUUAAAAGGUGCUUGAGAUGUUUUGGGAACGUUUUGGGUAAUUGUCUAUAUGAUAGAACAAUUAUUCCGAAAAUCCAGAAAGUUAAGCUUCCACCUACAGAAUUAGAUCAUAGCCACUUUCAUAGGGAUCCAUUAGUUGUGGAGAGAGAAAGAAAAAGACAAAGAGUUGAGCUGCUGCUGAAACUUGAGUUGCAUCAAGAACCAAAACUGACCCAAGCUCAAGUAGAUCACAAGCAACAGCAACAGAAGAAUCACGCAAAUGGAGCUGCUGCUUCCACAAUUACUCCGACAGGAACAGCAUCCAGCUCUGGCUCAGUUAUAGGCUCAACAUCUUCCAUGAGACCUCCAGAUAAACCUAAAACCCGCAAGUCAUCAAGCGAUCCACCAAGCAAUGAUCAGCCAAAUCAAGGUUACGAUAUUGCAGUGGAUGAUUUUGAUGAUUCAUUUGUAUUUAGUGACGAUAAUCCUCCAAUAGACGACGACAAAAUGAGCCAAAACGAUGGCUUGGACGAAUACGAAUUGGAAAUGCUAUUGCUGAAAAAUAUGGAGCAAGGUGGAGUGGAAGAUCCGGCCAUAAUUGCCAGAUCCUUAAAGUAUGCACAACCACCUACUAAGACGCCUAAAAAUCUUACAAAUGCAAAUGCAAAUGCCGAUACAAGCUCGGAAUCAAUUGCAAUUACUGACAAGAAUAUAGAUGAGCCCGACAUAAUACCAGAAAUGGUAACAUUUGUAAGUGCCAAGGCUGCAGAUUUGAUAAGGAAAAACCCAAUUGCCCUCGAUGACCCAUCUAAAGUUCCACAAUUUGAUCCUAAAUUUGUUUCCUCAAGUAUGAGAAGAACAGUUGAUCCUACUAAGUCUACACCAAUUAAAAGAACUACAAAUCAGCCUGUUCCUGCUAGAAGUCCCCUAGCUAACAACGCCACCCCUAUAAAUCCAGGUACUUCUUCAAUAGCCACGCUGCCUUCUAAUAAUGAGAGUACUACGCCUGUAUUGGGAAAACGGCUCUUGGGAUUGCCUCCAUCGCAGAGACUGGCUUAUAAACGUACGCACUCUACAAGGUCUCAGAGCCUUGUUGAUAAAGAAAACCAGCCUGAGACUAGUCAAUAA